CUCCUGUGCAAAUGCACGAAUACCUGGUCGCGCUCUACUAACCUCUAGCAUAAUUCCUACUUCCCAAAGGUCUAUCGAUCCCCCAUUAUAACCUUCUAUCGCCCUCUGUCCGUCUCGGCUCGCGCCUCGUUUGUCUAGCCACAUCAUCUGUACGAUCGUAAUUAUGGUGCGGAACAUCGUGAUCCUGGGCGGAAGUUCCCACCCGCAGCUCACCGAAGGCAUCUGCAACCACCUAGGCAUACCUCCCGCUAAAGUCCUACUCAGCAAAUUUGCUGUGGGAGAAACGAGAGUCGAGAUUAUUGAGUCAGUACGAGGCAAGGACGUCUUCAUACUGCAAUCUGGCGGUGGGAAAGUAAAUGAUGAUUUCAUGGAGUUGGUCAUUAUGAUCUCGGCCUGCAAAAUUGCCUCAGCGCGCAGAGUCACCGCAGUACUUCCGCUUUUCCCCUACUCUCGACAAAGCGACGUUCCCUAUAACAAAGUUGGUGCGCCGCUGGCGAAGGGUCAAAACGGAUCUUCCAGCAAGAACCACUAUACAUUUGAUAGUAGACCGCAGACUCCUUACCCUGGACAACAGGAAAGUCAAGGAUUGAACACAGGCACAGAUGCUAUCAACUCUCGCCUGAGCGAAUUGAGAAUAGCUGACCGCAAGAGUGACGCUGCCACCCAGCGAAGCCCCACAAAAACCAAUGGUUACGGCCCGCCAAAACGAUCUGAUACUGCAGAAUCCUCUGGAUCAAACCUUGACUACUUCCGUUCACGCGAUCAUAACGUAAACGGUACUCAUGAGGCGGAUAAGGAUAAUCGCAAGGAAGGGAACAAGGGACAGCUGAGAAAUGCAAAUCUCCCCGCGUUCCAGCCCCAACGUGGCUAUCGUCAAUGGGUCGCACAAGCAGGAACCCUCGUGGCCGACCUGCUUACCUGCGCUGGCGCAGACCAUGUCAUCACGAUGGACCUUCACGACCCUCAGUACCAGGGCUUUUUUGAUAUUCCAGUGGACAAUCUCUACGGUCGCCACAUGCUUCGUAAAUACAUCCAAUACAACAUCCCCAAAUAUCAGGACGCCGUAGUUGUGAGUCCGGACGCUGGAGGUGCGAAACGAGCUACGGCAAUUGCUGAUGCUCUUGGAAUGCCCUUCGCGCUGAUCCACAAGGAGCGACGACCGACACAGAUCAAUGACCGUCAAAACGCGACCAUGAUGCUGGUUGGAGAUGUCGCUGAAAGGACUGCAAUAUUGAUUGAUGAUCUCGCGGAUACGUCGAACACCAUAACACGGGCUGCGAAGCUUCUGAAAAACGAGGGCGCCACUAAGGUCAUUGCUCUGGUUACCCACGGAAUUUUGAGCGGAGAUGCAAUCGAUCGGAUCAAUGCAAGUGCUCUAGACAAAGUAGUGGUCACCAACAGUGUGGACCAGACGGAGCACAAGACCAAGUGCCCUAAGCUUGAAGUGUUGGACAUUGGUCAUGUCUUCGCUGAGGCAAUCCGCAGAGUCCACCAUGGUGAAAGCAUCAGUGUUCUAUUCAACUACGACUGAAGCGAACCCCUAGAAGUUUACAGCAUUGGAUAUCCCAACAAUUCUGCUCCCACUCACCAUCAAAACUGAUCUCUGAUUGCAUUAAAUGGCGUCCAGGAGUACCUAGUGCACACAAUGCUGCUGCGGUAAGUACGUAUUAUCAUUGAAACAAAUACUGUCGAUGUAUACCAAAAACAACAUUCGGUUCAUGUUGUAAGUGCGGUGCGUAGUCUGUCUGUGUCAUAGAAAACUCAUUAGAUGAACUCUGUUUGAUCUGUGUCAUUCUCA